AGCUCGCCCUGCGCCGCCGCCCGAGGGCGCGAGGAGGGACGCGGGCCCGGCCCCGGGGGCCCUCCCGGCCCGGCGAGCCCCUCUGCCCGCCGCCCGCGAGCAUGUCACCUCCAGCGGCCGCGGCAGCCUCCGCCAGCAGCGCCCGCGCCUCCCGCAGCCGCCGCCGCCGCUGCCGCCCCGGGCACUGGCCCCCGGACCCCCGCGCCUGAUCCGCGCCGGACCCUCGCCGGAGGACCAUGGCUGGCCAGGGGGACUGCUGCGUCAAGGUGGCCGUCAGGAUCCGGCCCCAGCUGUCAAAGGAGAAGAUUGAGGGCUGUCACAUCUGUACCUCUGUCACCCCGGGGGAGCCCCAGGUCCUUCUGGGGAAGGACAAGGCCUUCACCUAUGAUUUUGUCUUCGACCUGGAUACCUGGCAGGAACAGAUCUAUUCGACCUGUGUGAGCAAGCUCAUCGAGGGCUGCUUUGAGGGCUACAAUGCCACAGUGCUGGCCUAUGGGCAGACGGGGGCUGGGAAGACAUAUACCAUGGGCACUGGCUUCGACGCAGCAACGUCGGAGGAGGAACAGGGCAUCAUCCCGAGGGCCAUCGCGCACCUCUUUGGAGGCAUUGCUGAGCGCAAACGCAAGGCACAGGAGCGGGGUGUGGCGGGGCCCGAGUUCAAAGUCAGUGCUCAGUUCCUGGAGCUGUACAAUGAGGAGAUCCUUGACCUGUUCGACAGCACCCGGGACCCCGACACCCGCCACCGCAGGUCCAACAUCAAGGUCCACGAGGACGGGAGUGGCGGCAUCUACACCACCGGCGUCACUUCCCGCCUCAUCAACUCCCAGGAGGAGCUGGUCCAGUGCCUGAAGCAGGGCGCCCUGUCGCGCACCACAGCCAGCACCCAGAUGAACGUGCAGAGCUCCCGCUCCCACGCCAUCUUCACCAUCCACGUGUGCCAGAUGCGGGUGUGCACCCAGCCCGACCUGGUGAGUGAGGCGGUGAUGGGGCUUCCUGAGGGCCCGGCUCCUGCAAGUGAGUAUGAGACGCUCACUGCGAAGUUUCACUUUGUGGACCUGGCCGGCUCGGAGCGGCUGAAGCGGACGGGGGCCACCGGCGAGCGUGCCAAGGAGGGCAUCUCCAUCAACUGUGGCCUGCUGGCCUUGGGCAACGUGAUCAGCGCCCUGGGGGACCAGAGCAAGAAGGUGGUGCACGUGCCCUACAGGGACUCCAAGCUCACUCGGCUCCUGCAGGACUCACUGGGGGGCAACAGCCAGACCGUCAUGAUCGCCUGCGUGAGCCCCUCAGACCGGGACUUCAUGGAGACGCUCAACACACUCAAGUACGCCAACCGGGCCCGCAACAUCAAGAACAAGGUGGUGGUGAACCAGGACAAGACCAGCCAGCAGAUCAGUGCGCUGCGGGCCGAGAUCGCACGCCUGCAGAUGGAGCUGAUGGAGUACAAGGCGGGGAAGAGGGUGAUUGGGGAGGAUGGCACCGAGGGCUACAGUGACCUGUUCCGGGAGAAUGCCAUGCUGCAGAAGGAGAAUGGGGCACUGCGUCUGCGGGUGAAGGCCAUGCAGGAGGCCAUCGACACCAUCAACAACCGCGUCACCCACCUCAUGAGCCAGGAGGCCAACAUGCUACUGGCCAAGGCUGGUGACGGCAACGAGGCCAUCGGCGCUCUGAUCCAGAACUACAUCCGGGAGAUCGAGGAGCUCCGGACCAAGCUCCUGGAGAGUGAGGCCAUGAAUGAGUCCCUCCGCCGCAGCCUCUCUCGAGCCUCGGCCCGGAGUCCCUACUCCCUGGGUGCACCUCCGGGUGCCCCGGCCUUCGGCGGCAGCCCAGGCAGCUCCAUGGAGGACGCCUCUGAGGUGAUCCGCAGGGCCAAGCAGGACCUGGAGCGGCUCAAGAAGAAGGAGGUCAGGCAGCGGAGGAAAAGCCCGGAGAAGGAGGCCUUCAAAAAGAGGGCAAAGCUGCAGCAGGACAACAGUGAGGAGACAGAUGAUAACGAGGGCGAGGAGGAGGAGGAGCGAGAGGAGAGCGGCUGCGAGGAGGAGGAGGAGGACUCGGGCAGCGAGGAGAGCUUGGCGGACUCGGACUCUGACCCCGAGGAGAAGGAGGUGAACUUCCAGGCGGACCUGGCGGACCUGACCUGCGAGAUCGAGAUCAAGCAGAAGCUGAUCGACGAGCUGGAGAACAGCCAGCGGCGGCUGCAGACGCUGAAGCACCAGUACGAGGAGAAGCUGGUUCUGCUGCAGAACAAGAUCCGGGACACGCAGCUGGAGCGCGACCGCGUGCUGCGGAACCUCAGCACCAUGGAGUGCUACACCGAGGAGAAGGCCAACAAGAUCAAGGCCGACUAUGAGAAGAGGCUGCGGGAGAUGAACCGGGACCUGCAGAAGCUGCAGGCCGCGCAGAAGGAGCACGCGCGGCUGCUGAAGAACCAGUCCCGCUAUGAGAGGGAGCUCAAGAAGCUGCAGGCCGAGGUGGCCGAGAUGAAGAAGGCCAAGGUGGCCCUGAUGAAGCAGAUGCGGGAGGAGCAGCAGCGCCGGCGGCUGGUGGAGACCAAGAGGAACCGCGAGAUCGCCCAGCUCAAGAAGGAGCAGCGGCGACAGGAGUUUCAGAUCCGAGCUCUGGAGUCCCAGAAGCGGCAGCAGGAAAUGGUGCUGAGGAGGAAAACCCAGGAGGUUUCUGCUCUGAGGCGCCUGGCCAAGCCCAUGUCCGAGCGGGUGGCGGGGCGCGCAGGGCCAAAGCCGCCCAUGCUGGAUUCGGGGGCCGAGGUCUCUGCCAGCACGACCUCGUCGGAGGCCGAGUCGGGUGCCCGCUCCGUCUCCAGCAUCGUGCGCCAGUGGAACCGCAAAAUCAACCACUUCUUGGGGGACCACCCUGGGCCCACUGUCAAUGGCACCCGCCCCACCAGAAAGAAGUUCCAGAAGAAAGGGGCCAGCCAGAGCUUCAGUAAGGCUGCGAGGCUCAAGUGGCAGUCACUGGAGCGCCGGAUCAUCGACAUUGUCAUGCAGAGGAUGACCAUCGUCAACCUGGAGGCCGACAUGGAGCGGCUCAUCAAGAAAAGGGAGGAGCUCUUCCUCCUGCAGGAGAACCUGCGGAGGAAGCGGGAGCGGCUGCAGGCUGAGAGCCCCGAGGAGGAGAAGGGGCUGCAGGAGCUGGCUGAGGAGAUCGAGGAGCUGGCGGCCAACAUUGACUACAUCAAUGACAGCAUCACGGACUGCCAGGCCACCAUCGUGCAGCUGGAGGAGACCAAGGAGGAGCUGGACUCCACAGACACAUCGGUGGUCAUCAGCUCCUGCUCCCUGGCCGAGGCCCGCCUCCUGCUGGACAACUUCCUCAAGGCGUCCAUCGACAAGGGGCUGCAAGUGGCACAGAAGGAGGCCCAGAUACGGCUGCUGGAGGGACGGCUGAGGCAGACAGACAUAGCGGGCUCCUCUCAGAACCACCUGCUCCUGGGUGCCCUGCGCGAGAAGGCUGAGGCGCACCCUGAGCUGCAGGCCCUCAUCUACAACGUGCAGCAGGAGAACGGCUAUGCCAGCACGGAUGAGGAGGUCUCGGAAUUCUCCGAGGGGAGCUUCUCGCAGUCGUUCACCAUGAAAGGCUCCACCAGCCACGAUGACUUCAAGUUCAAGGGCGAGCCCAAGCUGUCUGGCCAGAUGAAGGCGGUGUCGGCUGAGUGCCUGGGCCCCCCGCUGGACAUCUCCACCAAGAAUAUCACCAAGUCCCUGGCUUCCCUCGUUGAGAUCAAAGAGGACGGAGUGGGCUUCUCCAUCCGUGACCCCUACUACCGGGACGAGGUCUCGCGCACCAUCAGCCUGCCCACCAAAGGGAGCACUUUCCCCCGGCAGUCCCGAGGCACAGACACGUCCCCUCUGACCCGAAGGAAGUCGUAUGACCGAGGGCAGCCUAUCAGGUCCACAGAUGUGGGGUUCACGCCCCCCUCGUCCCCUCCCACUCGGCCCCGUAAUGACCGCAAUGUAUUCUCUCGUCUCACCAGUAAUCAGAGCCAAGGGUCAGCGCUGGACAAGUCUGAUGACAGCGACUCCUCUUUGUCGGAGGUCCUGAGGGGCGUCAUCACCCCUGUCGGAGGGGCCAAGGGCGCGCGCACAGCCCCACUGCAGUGCGUCUCCAUGGCCGAGGGCCACACCAAGCCUGUCCUCUGCCUGGACACCACGGACGAGCUGCUCUUCACAGGGUCCAAAGACCGUAGCUGUAAGAUGUGGAACUUGGUUACGGGGCAAGAGAUCGCGGCGCUAAAGGGCCACCCCAACAACGUGGUCUCCAUCAAGUACUGCAGCCACUCGGGGCUUGUGUUCUCCGUGUCCACCUCCUAUAUCAAAGUGUGGGACAUCCGGGACUCAGCCAAGUGCAUUCGGACCCUCACGUCCUCAGGCCAGGCCAUCGUGGGUGACGCCUGCGCGGCCUCAUCCACCCGGGCCGUCACCAGCACUCAGGGGGAGCACCAGAUCAACCAGAUUGCCCUCAGCCCUUCGGGCACCAUGCUGUACGCCGCCUCAGGCAACACCGUGCGCAUCUGGGAACUAAGCAGGUUCCAGCCCGUGGGCAAGCUGACAGGCCACAUUGGCCCCGUGAUGUGCCUGACUGUCACCCAGACAGCCAGCCAGCAUGACCUGGUGGUGACGGGCUCCAAGGACCAUUACGUCAAGAUGUUCGAGUUGGGUGAGUGUGUGACAGGCACCAUCGGCCCCACCCACAACUUUGAGCCCCCGCACUACGACGGCAUCGAGUGUCUCGCCAUCCAGGGAGACAUCCUGUUCAGUGGCUCCCGGGAUAACGGCAUCAAGAAGUGGGACCUGGAGCGGCAGGAGCUCAUCCAGCAAAUCCCCAACGCGCACAAAGACUGGGUGUGCGCCCUGGCCUUCGUCCCCGGCCGCCCCAUGCUGCUGAGCGCCUGCCGUGCGGGCGUCAUCAAGGUCUGGAACGUGGACAACUUCUCGCCCCUCGGUGAAAUCAAGGGCCACGACAGCCCCAUCAAUGCCGUGUGCACCAACGCCAAGCACAUCUUCACCGCCUCCAGUGACCUGACAGUGAAGUUUUGGAGCGCACGGCGGGGAGCUGGCAGCCCCCUGUAGGAGCGGGAGCGGUGGAGGACAGCAGAGACGGCCCAGAGCCCCCACAGCCUGUGCAACACAGCAGGGAAGCUGUGGCCCAAGGGGCCACCACCUGGGGACAGAGGGUGUGGGCAGUGGGUGGGCCCCUCCUCCCCCUUGACCUGGUGGGCGCUGUUCCCUGUCCCUCCCUGCCUCCAGGGGAGAGAGGUGGGGAGGGAAACAAGCUGUGAAGCCAAAGGGCAUUUUCCCCCCUCACUUCUCCCCCUGCGGCCCCUCGGCCUCCCUCCCCCACUGGCCACACUGCCUCCUGCUGAGCCGGCCCUGUGGCCUGCAGUGGGGCCCUGUAGGGGGACAGCCCCGCCAUGCCCCCCACUGUGCUGUGAGGGGGGCCUCCCCGGGUAGCCCCAGCCCAGCCUCUGGAGCCACUGCACCUGCCUCUGAGCCCAAAAAGCUAGUCCUCAGGUAACCAUGGAAACCAGGAGUAGGCAGCUGGGCCCUGCAGCUGACCCUUAGCCCUUGGCCACCAAUGGCUAUUCCUCGGUGACCCCAGUAAUUUCUUAGGGUCCCCUUCUGAUGGGGCCAGGGUGGAGCUGCUAGGAUGAUUCAGAAAUAUGUCAGCUAUUUAAUUUAUUGUUUUAUUUUUAUUUUUUGCUAUUGCCUCCUGGAAACUGACUUGAAGUUUCUUCCCACACGUUCUUACCCUCAGCUCCUGGGGGCCAGGAAUCCCAAAGGGAACCUGUCCUGCUGGCCCUCCAGGGCCGCCUCCCGUUUGCUUUACAGAGGAGGGAAGUGCCCCCUGUGACUGCAGCUCAGUGCCGCCUGCCCCCCUCACUGCCCCGGGGCCCAAGCACACCCCGACCUCCGGCCACCUGAGGCUUCAGUGCCUUCCUCCACCUGCCGGGCGGAGGCGCCACGCGUGGGGCCUUGUGCCGCUGUCCCCAGAAGGAGGGGGAGCGCCCCCCCACCCCUCCACGCCCAGAGUCCUGAGCCGGCCAAGGAGGAAGCGGCCCAGAGGACUUGGACGGUGAGGCUGCCUGGCCCUCCCCAGGCCGUGCACAUUGCCCCCCGACCGGGCAGGAGCCCCUCCAGCUUCUUGCUCCCUAGUUAUUCAGGAGACACAUUUCAAGCCUUAAAACCGGCAUGUGGCAAGGAGCCCUACCUUUUAGGUGAUUCGCAGUGAAGAUGGAAUUUCUCUUUCUCCUUGGGGCUGUGGCCUCCCAGCUCCAGAUGUGGUUAAAUCCGCAUUCCAGGGUCCCUUGUUGGGGCACCUCUGAAGUUACAGGACUGGGCCCUGGGAAAGGGUUCUGCCCCGUCCCCCAUCCCCAACCUGUCCACACUGCUUUUCUGAUGCUUAACUGGUCCUGUGCUUUUUGGCCUCAGUCUGGGGGCCUGGAGCCCCGACUCUGUUCAAAGGACAGUGACUUCUGGACCUUCUGGAGGUGUCUCGGCAUUGCUGCCCUUUCCCCAUGUGGCCGGGGCUGUGCGGGCCCCUGUGGAGUGUGCCAGCACCCAGGGCAGAGGGGGCGGCUCGGCUGUGAGAGGGAGAACACCUGCUGAGACCUGGGUGUGGCCACCGCCCGCCCUGCCCAGAGCUGUCCCCCAGGCUCAGAAGGCUGCCCUGCUGUGCUUGGCCUCUGCCGACUCUGUGGUGAGGUCACCGCCCAUGGGCUGAUGCACAAGAGGGACCCCGGGGGGAGCCUGGGCCAGUCUUUGCCGUGCCUGGACAGCCCGCCUCCUCUGGCCAUCCCUGGGGGCUGGGCGAGCCCCUCAACCCCUCCAAAGCGAGUACAAGUCUCUGGCCCUCCCCAUCUCUCUCCCUGCCUGGACAGACAGCUUCAACCCUGCAACUUCAUAAGAAAGAAUCUUGCAUGGCUGUUUAUGAACUGUAGAAACAGAAGACUGCACUCCAGCUGUGGGCCCGGGGUCCCCAGCCCAGGACAGCCGCCCUGUAGCUGGGAGGCCUGCUUUUGCACGAAAUGUAACCUGGCGGCCUGCAUGCAAGAGGUGCUCAGCAUCGGUGCCCAUUUCCUGCUGUGUCUGGCGGGCCAGCUACCUCGGGGUGGGCCGGAUCUGCUGCCCUGGUGAGCAUCACUGACUCUGAACUUGAAGUCCCUCAGCAGCCCUGAGCCAACCAAGAGCUGUGCUCCAGGAGGGCCGGGGUCUCUGGAGCUCCUUCAGUGACGCUGCAGGUACACGGUUAGGGGGCAGGCCCCCAGGAUCUUAAAUGUUGGAAGCACAAAAUGGUUGUGAUUGAGCACAAUUGCAGGGCUCGUGGUGGGCAGCCAGGCAAGCCCGGGCCCAGGAGGCUCUUCCAGCUUGGCUCUGUCCAAAGUUAGGCUGGGGAUGCCCUGGUCGGGGGGGCCUGCCCUCGCUCAGACCAGGGCGCGGCCCAGGUCCUAAUACUGGGACGUGCCUAUUACUUCUUACUCUUUGCCCGUCUGAAGACUUGAGUCUGUGCCACUGCAGGCCAGGCCACAUCAGAGUGCCGAGGGCCAGGAGUCAUGCCCUCUCUCCACCCCAUGCCCUAAAUCUCCGAAUGCCUGAGCCCAGCCUCAGUCCCAGUCUUCUUGAGCCUAAAGAUCCCGGACCCACAAUCCCUGUACUCUGGGCUGAGCCCCACAAGCACUUCUGAAGCCGAUGGGUGAGCUCCCUGGCUGGAAGGUGUUUUCCACCCCGCCACCCGCGUGGCUCUAGCAGUCCUGUGCCGAAGCCCGGUCGUUAGCAUCCCCAGGCCAGCGUUUGCUUUCAUUUGAGCGACUGACUCGUCCAAGGCGGCAUCUGGAGAUGCCUUUGGAAACUGCCAAGGAAGGAGGAAAGGCUAAUAGGCAGAGGCUGGCACACCCCAGCAUUUGAGGGGGUCGGGGUGCCACCAUCUACCCCUUGGGAAGGGACAUCUGUGGAUCCGGGAGUGGGCUCCCUGCCCACCAGCCCUCACAGCAGCUUUAAACUAGAGAACCUCCCCCCUUGAAUGUCUGGCCUGCUGCCCGCCCCCGGUGCGGCGGGGCUGGGCAGAGGGCAGCUCAAAGCACAGAAGCGCCCUCAGGAGGCUGCCAUCCGGGCCUUCCUCGGGCUGCCCGGUGUGGGGGAGAUGCAGACGGGCGGCUGCUGUGAGUCAGAGGUGGCCUGCUCCCUUCCACCACAGACUGUGCCGACUCCUGGGGGCUUCCUGGUGCAGCCUGGCUGGGCCGGCACUGCGCGCUCGGUCGGCCCCUGCCUGUGCCCCGUGCUGGCUGUGCUGUGAGAGCGGUGAGCUCCUUCCCUGCGCCUGGCCCACACCUGUGGCGUGCGUCCUUUGCCCUCCCAAACAGGAAGCUGCUGGCUGCUCUCUCAGCCUCCCAGUCCGGGCUCAGGAGCCGGCGCUUGCCAGUGACCCCACAGGCCAUCCGUGGCCUGGCCCUCCUCUUCUGACCCCAGACCCCUCGCUGCCCUCUAUGUGCGAGGGCAGAAUGUACAGGGAAAGUUCUGCUUCUAUGACAUCUUGUUCAACCCCCACCCGCUGCCCACCGCAGAUGAGCCCCCAGCCCCACCGCUCCUGGUCCCAUCCACUGAACCCAUGUCCGAAGGGCCUUGCAGGGAAGUGAGAACGGCUCCCUGAAGAGCCGAGGGCCAGAGGAGACCCUUGCCCUGAAUUGGGGCCCUGCCCUGCCCACCACCAGCCCAGGCUGCAGGGCCCCUUUGGCUCAAGCCCCCCUCGCUUUGGGGCUCACUCAAGGUGUACAUAUGUUUUGUACCUCUGCCGACGACUGUACAUAGUGUUUGAAAGUUAUUUAAGCCUCAUGUUGUACAUUUCUGUUCCUAGACUGUGUGUGUGUGUUCUAAGAAGUUGUCAUAAAUAAAACCUGAAUGAC